AUGAACGUUGAUAAUCUGCCGAGAGGGAGCGCCGGAAAAGUUGAUCGACGCGCCGUGGCCAAGCUACCGCUCUAUGGCUGUACCACAAGUGUGCCGUCAGGGACAGAAUACAGUGGCGAGCUUAACGUCCAGCAUCUACCUGAGGCAGCUUCUCUACAGACAUGGUCGCAAGUCAUUCCAGCCGAAAUCUUCGCGUCGUACCGCAUGAAUAUGAACGGCGAUUCGGACUUUUUCCAUAUCGGCGCGAGCUCUCUUCUCCUAGUUCAAUUACAGAGCCACAUCCAAAAAUACUCUAGCUACCACUUGGAGUUGGCACAGAUGUUUAGGUCCAGUUCUCUCAGAGGCAUAGUUGCACUUAUCCAGGAAAAGAAAUCAGGGUACUUGGGAAAGAGUUCAGUGAUUGAUUGGGAGAACGAGACGCAGGUACUGGAUGAAGUCUCUGCUGAGAUGGUCUCACAAAAUAUUACUAUUAGUAAAGGCGUACCUAAACUGUAUCCGACGAUUCCCAAGCGAUGCCCAGAAGUCGUGGUACUAAUUGGGGCAACUGGUUUCUUAGGCAGAACAAUAUUGAAGUAGCUCGUAGCCGAGGACACUGUGCGAACAAUCCAUUGCAUCGCCGUCCGUCGACCGGAAGCGUUGCUUUCCCUUAACACCGACAAAAUCUCCAUAUCAAGAGGGGACCUAAUCCAACCAGCCCUAGGCCUAUCAGAUGAAGAUGCUACACGAAUUUUUACAGAGGCCGAUGCCAUCCUUCAUAAUACAGUCAAUGUGUCUCAUCUCAAGCACUAUCGCACUCUGGAGCCCGAAAAUGUCCUCCCAACAAAAGAGCUCAUCAAACUGGCACUACCGCGCCGGAUUCCAAUACACUACGUAUCUACAGCUGGCGUCUCGCCCUCUGGGAAAUCGAGGCUAGAUAUAUACGAGAAUAUCUAACACCCGCCGCGGGCUGUCCUAGGGUACAAAACUAUCCCGAGCGCGUAUAUUUUCGUAUACUAAUAGUAGGCGUAAAACCUUAAAUAUUAUACUAAAGACAUAGUUCUAAUAGAGAUAUAUACUUACGAAUAUUAUAAUAUAAAAUAUACUUAAUUCUCUUACUAAUCCCUUAUAGUAUAACGUGCAUGUAUAGCGAACCGGCCAAACAAGCGAACCGGCCAAAAUUUUCUACACUCGCGAUUGAAAUUGUAAGAACUCUACCACAACGCCUCUAAUUAAAAAACACUAUUCAGAAAUUUCUUCCUCAGAUACUUCCUCUAUAAUAUUACAGGUGCACGUAUUAUGACCAGUCUCUCCGCAGUUGCCACAGCGCCGUGCACGUGAUUCUUCCCUUGGCUUCCGACCACUACUUCUCUUUAUUUCCUGCAUUACCUGCUCACCAACGUCUCUAUCAUCCUGUAGGUCCUGCGCUUCCUGUUGACUAAGUGAUCCUCCUUGCUGUAGGCGUGUUUUUUUAGCUCUACGGCGCUUACUUAGUACUUCAUUUGCUUGUCGAAGUCUCUGGUUCUCAGCUUUCAAUAGUACUAUCUGGUGCAUUACUUUUGAUGCACCCUUCGUAAACUGGUCAAUGGCCUCGUAAAUAGGGGUUGGAGAGCUACUUUGGUGGCGUAAAAUUCGAUCUUUAAUAAAUGCAGUCUGUGAUAAGGCUUCAGUAGGGUUAUUUGGUGUCUGGGAAACCCAAGGCUGAGCGGAAUACGGGGGGGAGUUUGGAGGCGUUGGCGUCUUUAGCUUAAGAUCAAGUGUAGAAAUUACACUUUCUGGGUCAAAUGGAAGAAGCCCAGCCCCUCGGAACCCUCCUCGGAUAUUGCUUUCUGUCAUUGCAAUAUUAAAUGCGGCGUGGAAGGCAGGAAAGAAAUUAUCCUUAGUAAUAUGGAUGAUCUGAGCCCGCAUCAUAUCUUCAAUGUGAAGCACGCGACGUGCUUCAAGAAGUCGAUUUGCUAUAUCUUCAACUACAGAUAUCCGCGGAGGAAAUCCUUUUGUAGCUAGGUCGAGGAUAUGUUGAACAAGUACUGAUUCCUCUAGCUCGGUCAUUUUCCGUGAAUUGGCUAAAAUAUCGCGUCGUGAAGGUAUACCAAGCAAACGUCGACCUAGCUUCCGGUGGUCUACAGAAUAGGUCCUGGCAGCAGCUCGAGCACGUAAAUUUGGGUCUUUUUGCAUAGCUUGGAUAGCUAAGANACGUCGACCUAGCUUCCGGUGGUCUACAGAAUAGGUCCUGGCAGCAGCUCGAGCACGUAAAUUUGGGUCUUUUUGCAUAGCUUGGAUAGCUAAGACUAACCGGCUUUCGUCAUUUUUCGGAGGCAUCCUUCGUUGUAGAGAAAUUUAAUGUUUCGUGGAGGUGUGGUGGGGUCGCCGGGUUUUGGCCGGUUCGCUUGUUUGGCCGGUUCGCUAUACAUGCACGUUAUUAUCUUUAGUAUUAUUAGUAGAAUUUAAAUUAACUUAGAACCUGAAGGUUCUAAAAGGUAGUAUUUUAUAGUUAGAGGUUAGAAUAUAGAGGAGAGGAAGUUGUUUUCUCUUAGAGAAUAGUAGUUAGUUUAAAUAUAGAGACUAUUAUACUUUCUUUAUUUAUAGAGUUUUUAUAUAACUUAAAUUAUAGAUUCUUUAGUAUUUAGAUUCUUUAUUAUACUUACUUUAUUUAAACUUUCGUAAGUAUGGUAAUUAGAGUAGAGAGAUAGAAGGAGACUUUAUAUUUAUAGAAGUAAUAAAUAGAGGUAGAUUAAUUACUAAUCCUUUAUUACUAAUCUUUACUUAGUAGGGGAUUAUAAAGUAUAAAAUCCGAAAAGUGGAGACGUCUACUUUUAACUACGUAAUUAGGCCUAUGUACGAAAUUUUCGUACGUGUACGAGAAUCUCUACCACCGAGUUCCCAGAGGGUCGCUUUACAGCGGCUUAUAGGAGUUUGGCGAGAUCUCUUGCGCAGCUUUCCCACCGCCUCUCGAUGGUGUAGAUGGGUAUACGGCAUCAAAAUGGGAUAAUGAGCGCCUUCUUGAGAAGGCAUGCGCCUACUACCAGCUUCCAGUUAUCAUCCACCGACCGUCCCAUGUACACCGGGACGACGCCGCCGAGCUUGAUCUCAUUGAAGAUCUACUUAAAAUUUAG